AUGGCUUCUGUCUAUCUUCAUGAAUUUAGGAGAUUUUGGGGGCUCAACAUCCCUCUUUCCCGCGGCUGUGCAAUGAGGGCUUCCACUCUUAGUUUGCUGUUUUUCUUCCUUUUCUUUCCUCUUCCUUGGCUGAAUCUGAUGAAGGAAAGGUGGUGCAAAUGUAUGCUGGUCCAAGGGAUGCUUCUGACAGCAUGCAGGAUGGUAUUCAUCGGUUCUUUGGAUGUCUCUGGCUUGGGACUGGUUUCCAGCAGCUUACUUAAGGAGCCUGCCAUCUACUUCACGUGUUCUCUGUUUUUCAAAAAAGGCUGA